AUGGACUCGUCGGUUUGCAGCGACAUGACGCGCGAGGCGCUCGGCGACCUCUACGGCUUCAACCAAUACAAGAAUCAACGGCACUAUACUGUGCCGAAUCAACUAUUCGCCAAUCAAUUCCAAUACGAUGCCGUCCACCUGCUCGGCGUCGUCGAGCGGUAUCAACAAAAGUGGAAGCACGCCGACCAGCUCGCCAACGACUUGGACGACAAAUGCCGACAGCACGAGGAUGCCGCCUUCGCCAAGGACGAGAGGAUUCGGAAGCUUGAAGCGGAACGAUGCCCGAGCGCAACUCGCUGCGCAGCUUUCGGAGAGCAACGCGCUCGAAAGUACUACACGGAUUUCCUGCGUCCCCCGCUCGCGCCCAUCUACCGGCCCACCGCCGAGGAGUUCACCGAUCCGAUCGCAUACGUCGCCAAAAUCAAGCCGGAAGCCGAGAAGUAUGGUGUGGUGAAGAUUGUGCCCCCAUCGGAUUUCGUGCCAACUUUCGCGAUCAACGGGUCCACGUUCAAGUUCACGCCGCGCGUGCAAAAGCUCAACGAGAUCGAGGCGUCGAUUCGCGAGCGGCUUCAGGGCAUCAACCUCGACAUCGACUGCUCGACCGACAAGCUCGUGGAGGCGGGCUCGAAUUUCGGCUUCUACGACGCGAACACCUCCUACAAUCUCGACACUUUCCGCGAAUUUGCCGACAAAUUCAAGAAGGAGUACUCUCGGAAGCCUCUCAAGGAGAUCACGCUCGAAGAGGUGGAGAAGGAAUCCUGGUGGGACAUCAUACGCGAGGAGGCCGUUUCCGUCAAGUACGGCGCCGACUUGCGUGUUGAUAAGAAACAGGCCACGAAACAGGAGCAGCAAGAUGGAAUGAGAAGCGUC